AUGAGUCGACAUUUUUCUUGUGCUUUUUGUGUGGCUUUAGUUGUUCUCCCCUUCAUGAGCACGUCGUGUCCUGCACAGUGUAGCUGCUUCUUCCACAAACUGAGUGAUGGUUCCAAAGCCAGAAGCGUCCUGUGCAAUGAUCCCGCGAUCAGUGUCAUUCCUACAAAUUUCCCCGCAGACACCUCCAAGAUACGAAUUGAGAAGACUGCCAUUACGAGGAUUUCUAGUGGCAACUUCCGCUACCUCAGCAGCAUGGAGUUCCUCUGGAUGUCUUUCAACUCCCUGAACUCUCUCAGUGUGGACAGUUUUCGGGGUCUUACAAACCUGGACGAGCUCAGGCUGGACGGGAACGCCCUUACCUCGUUCCCGUGGGAGUCAUUGAGUGACAUGCCCAACCUGAGGCUGCUUGACCUGCACAACAACAAGAUAUCCAGCAUGCCUGCUGAGGCUCUCGUGUUCAUAAAAAAUAUCACCUAUCUGGAUUUGUCCAGCAACAUUCUGACCACUCUCCCUGCAGAUGUUCUCUCACUUUGGCUAAACGUGAAACCGCUUCAAGAUGCCGAUUCCUCCAAGUUUAUUCUUGGGCUCCAUGACAACCCGUGGUUGUGCGACUGCCGUCUUUAUGAUCUGGUCCAGUUCCAGAAAUCUCCAAGGUCAUCAGUAGCUCUAAUAGACCCCAGGCUCCGAUGUGCUGACCCAGAAAGUCUGUCAGGGGUUUUCUUCACUGAAGCAGAGCUGCAACGAUGUCAGGGCCCUCGGGUGCAUACAGCCGUCGCGCGGGUCCGUAGCUCGCUGGGCAACAACGUCCUGCUUCGUUGCGGCACAGUCGGUGUUCCAAUCCCUGAACUUUCUUGGAACCGUGCCGAUGGCAAGAAAAUCAACGGCACUAUUCAACAGGAGAUCUCAAAGGAGGGCAUCAUUUGGUCCAUUCUAAGUGUUCCCGCAGUCUCAUACAGAGAUUCGGGAAAGUAUGUGUGCAAAGCAACCAACUUUGUGGGCACCGCAGAUGCUAUCAUAUCCUUGGUCAUCACAGAUACAUUUCGGUCUGAAGAAGCAGGGGGUGUCAUCGCUAAGAGACCACAAAGGAAGAAGACUAGUGGUAUCGGGAGAGCGGCAUAUCAAGAAAAACUUAUUGCUAGAUAUGUCCCUCCCCCGACUGCAGCACCAGGUAAGCCUGUCAUCGAACCCCUGAAUGGCAAAGGGGUCACUGGGAAAUACGAGGUCGAGAGCUACAGCGUCUCCUCUGGAUCUCGAGGACGAGGCCGAGGGUCGAACUCUCGAAAGCCGGAUCAAGGGGCUUUGGGUAACAUGGUGGCCAACGCCUCGUCCUUACAGCAAGCCCCGGAGAAAAGGGUUGUACGUUCUGUGAAGGUAAUCGGUGAUACCGACCACACCGUAUCGUUGAACUGGCGAGCCCCGACGGCCACAAACACCACCGAAUUCAGUGUCCUGUAUGCUGUAUUCGGCGAGCGCGACAUGCGACGGAUCAACGUCGGAGCGGGCAAAAACCGUAUCACUAUUGACGGCCUGGUGCCAAAAACAAAGUACAUUGCUUGCGUUUGCGUCAAAGGUCUGAUCCCGAGAAAGGAGCAGUGCGUAAUCUUCUCAACAGAUGAGGCAGCUAGCGCAAGCGGCACCCAGAAGCUCAUUAAUGUGGUUGUCAUAACCGUGGCCUGUGUGAUCGCUGUGCCCCUCACCCUGAUUGUGUGCUGUGGCGCCAUCAAGAAGCGUUGCCAAAAGCUCCUGGGCAGACCGUCCAAGGAAAUACAAGAUUCUUACGUCACAUUUGAGACUCUAGGCCCUGGGUCCAAAACUAAAGGGAUGGAAAAUGAGUUUCUGACACGGCUAAACCCAGAUGAGUCCAACCGGUUGCUUUCGGCGAGGUCAAGUGUUGACUCAGAAGCUAUAACCAGGACUGAGGGGCCACCUAAUGAGUACUUCUGCUAG